GCACAGCCCGUUGGGUCCUCCCUCCAGUCCCAAAUGCCCCGUCCGCCAGUACCGCCCACCCCUUUCCUGUUGAGGAGUUUGGUGACAUUGAACGGGCUCGCGCGCUGUCACCGCCUGCGAGGCGCAGUCGGGUCGGCGGAGUAGGCGGCCAUGGGGAGCCUGCGCAGCCUGCGCUGGGCGGCGGGAAGCUAUUUUAGGUUAUUUGAAACAGAUGCUUCCUCAUCUCUAAGACUUACCAGAAACUCUGAUUUGAAGAAAAUAAAUGGAUUUUGCACCAAACCACAAGAAAGUCCAAAAGCUCCACCCUACACUUACAGCCACAGAGUGCCAUUACACAAACCUACACAUUGGGAGAGGAAGAUCCUGAUAUGGUCAGGUCGCUUCAAAAAGGAAGAUGAAAUCCCAGAGACUGUCUCGUUUGAGAUGCUUGAUGCUGCAAAGAACAAGAUCCGGGUGAAGAUCAGCUAUGUAAUGAUUGCCCUGACAGUGGCCGGAUGUAUCUUGAUGGUUAUUGAGGGCAAGAAGGCUGCCAGAAGAAACGAGUCUUUAACAAGCCUGAACUUAGAAAAGAAAGCUCGCCUGAGAGAGGAAGCAGCUAUGAAGGCCAAAACAGAGUAGCAGAGGUAUCCAUGUUGGCUGGCUUUUGAAAAUGCAGGAAUAAUGUUGCAGCAAUUAGCCUAUUAAGAAGAAUAUGGUAUGAGGGUCUGUUUCAUGAAAGUAUGGUUUACACAGACAUAAAUUUCUGCUGUAGUGGUACUAAUAAAUUUCCUUAAAAAAAUGA